ACACAGAGAGCAAGAGAGAGAAAGAACUGUUGUAAUUGUAAAUCCAUUUUCCCUGAAAAUGCUCUGUUUCCUUUCUCCCACUGACUCAAGAUAUGAAGUCUCAUCUUCUCUCCCACAUCUAUCCAUCAAUGGCGGUCCCCAUCCGACUCCUCCCACGAUGAUAUGACCCACCUCUUGUAAAUCCUCCCUCCCUCCGCCAUCAUUGGUGGCCGCAAUGUCCGCCUCCGUCGUCAUCUUCUUCCUGAUCGCUGCUGCCGCUCUCCUCCCGUUUACCGCCACCUCCCUCCAGAUCCAGCAGCCCGACUGCACAGGCCGCCGGAUCCACAUCCGCCGGCUGCCUCCCCGGUUCAACGCCGACCUCCUCGCCAACUGCUCCGCGUACCCGCUCUUCACCGAUUCCUUCUGCCCCUACACGGCCAACCACGGCCUCGGCCUCAAGACCCACAACCGCUCCCAGAGCUGGUACCGCACCGACCCGCUCCUCCUCGAGCUCCUUUUCCACCGCCGCAUGCUCGAGUACCCCUGCCUCACCCCUGAUCCCUCCGUCGCCGACGCCGUCUUCCUCCCCUACUACUCCGCCCUCGACGCCCUCAAGUAUCUCUACGGCCCCGAGGUCAACUCCAGCUUCAACCACGGCCUCGACCUCUACCGCUUCCUCCGCUCCGAUCAGCCACUCCUGUGGUCCCGGUGGUCCGGCCAUGACCACUUCCUCGUGAUGGCCCGCCCCGCCUGGGACUUCUCCCAGCCCCUCUCCAAUGACCCGCCCAUCUGGGGCACGUCUUUCUUGGAGCUGCCGGAGUUCUUCAACGUUACCGCCCUCACCUUCGAGUCUCGUCCGUGGCCGUGGCAGGAGCAAGCCAUCCCCUACCCCACCUCCUUCCACCCCCCCAACCUUCCACUCCUUGACGCCUGGGCCCACCGUGUCCGAUCGUCCAAGCGCACAAACCUUGCCCUCUUUGCAGGGGGCGGUGGCAUCUCCGCCUCACCCAACAUCCGCAGGAGCAUUCGUAUCGAGUGCGAGAACCAGAAUUCCACCAAUCCUGAUUCGGACCGAUACACCAAGCUCUGUGAGGUAGUGGACUGCUCAAAUGGGGUCUGCGAGCACGACCCCAUCCGCUACAUGAAGCCCAUGCUGCGGUCAAACUUCUGCUUCCAGCCUCCAGGGGACACCCCGACCCGGAGAUCCACCUUCGACAGCAUCCUCGCUGGCUGCAUUCCCGUCGUCUUCGAGGACCAAUCUGCAAAGUCCCAGUACUCAUGGCACUUGCCCGAGGAGGAUUUCGGGGAGUUUUCGGUUUUCAUCCCUAAGGAAGAUGUGGUCUACAAAGGCCUCAAGAUCAUGGACGUUCUGAUGGCAAUACCCAGUUGGAAGGUCAAGAAGAUGAGGGAGAAGGUCUUGGAGAUUAUGCCAAGGACCAUUUACAGAAGUCACGGGAGCUCUCCCGGGUUGAGGGCGAAGAAGGAUGCCUUCGAUAUCGCUGUGGAGAACACUCUGAAGAGGAUAAAGUCCAGACUUGAAGAGGUAUAAAUUCCAGACUAGAAGAGGUUUCAGCUCAGAAAAGCUUGUCUAGAUUUUCUUCUUCUUUCUCUUUACACUCCCCUGUAUUUAUGAUAAUUUAUCGUUUUUCUAUUUAGUUUUCCUCCUUCGUGUACCCUUUUAGAUGUAAUGUGCUACAGAACAGCAAACGAGAGGAGGAUUCUCCAAAUUUUUGAUUGACAAUGAUAAAGAUUCAAGAUUUUUGGUCUGCA